AUGCCUCCCAAACGACAGUAUUCCAAGAUUCAGCAGGCAAGACACUACCUUUCCGGCGGCGGCGUGCUCAGAGAAGAUUCAGACGACGAACUGGGCGACGAAGACCAUCCCUGGGUAUGGAUCCGGGACGAGACUGGCAAGAAGAUCGUUGGCGCCCGUAAUGGGGACUUCGAGUGCUAUCUUGGAGAAGCGGUUCUUCUCAAAGCACCGUCGAAUAAUGAGGCUUGGGUUGCCAUACUACACGAAUUCCUGGAGGGAGAGGAAGAGGACGAUGACGGCGAGAUCACAACAGAAAAACGAGCGAGCAUGCUCUGGUUCUCGUCGGAGAAAGAGAUUCAGAGCAAGAAGAAGCGGACAGACUUUUUGAGCAACGAACUAUACAUCACUGCGCAUUUUGACGACAAUCCAAUUGAGUCGAUCAAUGGCAAAGCAACAGUGGUCUCCGAGACCGAGUUCAAUCGCAUGUACCCUUCCGGCAAGGUCCCGAGGAGCUCCAAGGCGUACGGCAAGACCUUUGUCUGCAGGAGAGGCGUCAAUGCAAAGACUACUACGUACACGGAGGAGUUCAAUUGGUACGAUGUGUACCGAGGAAAGCAGGACAUGGACAAUCUGGUAGAGUUGGUGGAGUCUCAGACCACGAAGACGCGGCGUCGCAAGGCCACGAAGAGCAACAAAGAGACCGACGACUUUGUCGUUAACGACGAUGAAUUUGACGGACCGGAAACACCCAGGAAGAGACGUAAAUUGACUUCUAACACUCCCACGCCGUCCAAAGCGAAGCAGCUUACGCCUCGAAAGUUCACCACUCCGUCAGGUCGCAAGAUUAUCACCAAGAAACCGCUGGAAUUCACACCUCUGGGGACUAGAAUGUUGUCCCUUUCGCAGACACAGUCAUCCCCUUAUCAGAUUGCCCGAUCCACCCUACACGUUUCGGCGGUGCCGCACGCUCUUCCAUGUCGAGAAGGAGAGUUCGACAACGUUUACUCACAUUUGGAAGCAGCAAUCUCCGCAGGUACUGGGUCAUGCAUCUACAUAUCAGGAACCCCUGGGACUGGAAAGACUGCAACAGUACGGGAAGUGGUAGCAAGUCUACAAGCAGCCACUGGCGAGGAGCAGUUAGAUGAUUUCUACUUCGUCGAGAUCAACGGAAUGAAAGUGACCGAACCUCAUCAAUCGUACAGCUUACUAUGGGAAGCCCUCAAGGGCGACAGAGUGAGUCCGGCUCACGCUCUGGAACUACUGGAACGAGAGUUCACUACUCCCAGCCCGCGGCGUGUGCCUUGCGUGGUGUUGAUGGACGAGCUUGAUCAACUGGUGACGCGGAACCAGGGCGUGAUGUACAACUUCUUCAACUGGCCUCAACUGCGACACUCACGCUUGAUCGUUCUGGCUGUCGCAAAUACCAUGGACUUGCCCGAACGUACCCUCUCCAACAAGAUCUCCAGCAGGCUAGGCCUGACGCGAAUAACAUUCCCAGGCUACACCCACAUCCAGCUCAUGACAAUCAUCCAAAGCCGUCUUGAAGGCGUUGGAAAAGUGAUCGUGGAUCCAGAUGCUGUUCAGUUCGCGAGCCGCAAAGUCGCUGCAGUUUCCGGUGACGCCCGACGUGCUCUGGAUAUUUGCAGACGAGCUGUGGAGAUUGCGGAACAAGAGACCGUACAAACGGAUCCAGGGAAAGAAAAUCAGGCCCCCGAUACACCAAGCAGGACGCCUGCACGCCACGAUCCUCCUGCUGCGAGGGUUCCUGCAGCACAGAAACAAGGCAUCGUGACAAUAGCCACCAUCAAGCGUGCGAUUAAUGAAGCCACUUCCACGCCUUUAGCAGCCCACCUCCGCUCGCUGCCCCUGGCAAAUAAACUCUUCCUGGCAGCCCUUCUUGCGCGACUGCGACGCACGGGUAUCGUUGAGUCCACGUUGGCAGAUGUAGUGGAUGAAGCACGUCGGAUGAGCACCAUGGCGCAAAACAAGAACAUUGUGGAGUACCUGUUGACCCCCGACUCUAUCCCCGAGCAACAGCCCGACGACGACAUCGGAGGCUCAUUGGCGGCGAACACGCCUUCGAAGCGUGGCCGUCCGGCAGCCAAAAAAGAGAUGGAGCGAGCGGCAAGGGUCCUUGGUUUCGGAUCAGCAGCGCGGGAGCUUGCGGACGCUGGCAUCAUUGGCGUUGAAAGUAGACAUGGAGACCGUGUGGGCAGAGUCCGGCUCGGUGUAGGCGAGGAAGACGUUCGAGAUGCAUUGAGGGUAGAUGAAGAAUGUCGAGGACUCGGGUUCGGCAUCUGA